AUGGAGUUAGCUAUCAUAAUGAGUUAGUUUCAAUAAGCUAUAUACUAAUUGUAAUGUGCAUUACGUAAAAAUAAAGAAAAUGAUAUUAUGAAAUCUAUGCUUAGAAUUAUAUUUGCAAAUGAUAUCUAUGAAGUUGAUUAAGAAUAAGUGAAAAACUUAGAAAAGACAUUUUAUUUAGAUACUGAUACAGCUAGCAUUCUUUAAAUCUUAUUAAGUUCAUUUUAAACAAAUGGUAAUCAUUAAAAUUUUUACAUUAGGAUUCCCAGAAUUAGAAGAUUAUCUAAAUCUCUUAUUAUAUCGUAUAGAUUGUGGAAUUUGUUUAUUAGAAUGUCAUUCUUCAUAUUCUUCUAGUCCACUUCAAUUUUACUCUAAAUAUGAAGUAAAUGAAAGAAUACAAAAGGAGGAAUGCAUUAAAAAGAAAAUCAAAAAGUAAAAAAAGAAACGCUCAUCUAAUCCAUCAAAUAAUGAUAAUUAAUGUAAUAAAAGAAAAGAUUGA